CUCUCGUUCUCCCAAUUGCCAUUGGUAUUCCCUUCGCCAUCUCUCUCCUGAUUUUUGAUUCUCUCUCUUUCUACGAAAAUUUUAUAUAUAUAUAUCAGAGAAACCGUUGUGGCUGCAUUGCUCAUUGUGUUCAUCGACUCAAAACACCCAGUGUCCUUAUAUAUAUAUUGAAAAUAUUUGUUCAUAGAUAGAUAUACUCUGCACUAACAUAUCAUUGAUAUUGUAAGUUUUCAAUGGGAAGGAAGCAUAGAGGAGGGAUGACGAAAGCGAGGGUGUCCAGAAUCGGUAGCUAUGCCAUUGCGUCCUCCAUUAAAGACCCAACCUGCAUUUCCUGCACCACCUUCAACAUACUCGCCCCAAUCUACAAGAGACUCAAUAACAAGGAGUUUUGGGUUGGGAAUGAAGAGCUUGUCAAUAUUUACAAGAGGAGACUUAGUGAUGCUGGUUAUAUCAAUUUCAAGCUUGCGCGAACCAACAACCGUGGUGAUGGUCUUCUAACUUCUGUGCAUAAGGACUACUUUAGGGUUCUUAACCAUAGGGAGUUGCUCUUCAAUGAUUUUGGAGACCGUGUUGCUCAGCUAUUACAUGUUGAAUUAGUCGCACCCUUCACACAAUAUCAUAGCAACAAUGUUCAGCAAGAAAUUCUUAUAGUGAACACCCAUUUAUUAUUUCCUCAUGAUUCAAGUUGUUGUCUGGAACGAUUGCGUCAGGCCUACAAAAUCUUGCAGCAUGUCGAGUCAUAUCAGAAGGAAAAUAAGCUUAAUCCAUUGCCCAUUAUAUUGUGCGGUGACUGGAAUGGAAGCAAACAAGGUCAUGUUUACAAAUUCCUUAGAUCUCAGGGGUUUGUGUCAGCAUAUGAUACUGCUCAUCAGUACACUGAUGCAGAUGCGCACAAGUGGGUUAGCCAUCGUAAUCAUCGGGGAAACAUCUGCGGUGUAGAUUUUAUAUGGCUUCUCAAUCCUGAUGGAUACAGGAAACUUUUGAAAACAAGUUGGAAUGAAGCAGUAUUUGGCAUGUUUAAGCAUCAACUUCGGCAAGCCUCAAUGACAGAAAAUGAUGCAUUUGCCUUUUUGAAGGCUGAUAAUCAUGGUGAUUACAUUACUUACUCUGGUUUUUGUGAAGCAUUACGUCAGCUUAAUUUACUCGGCCAUCAAUAUGGACUGAGUGUUGAAGAGACAAAAGCUUUGUGGGUGCAAGCAGAUAUUGAUGGAAAUGGGGUUAUUGAUUAUCAAGAAUUUCAGCAACGAAUUUGGAAUCCUACGCGGUCAGAGCAAAGAGGCGAAAUAAGCAAUGGGGUCUGGAAAGAUGAUGUGAACGGGACUGAGCAAACCAUUGGUUUCAGUGUGAAGAAUGCAGUUCUCUUCCCUACUCAAGUAGAGAAAGGCAUGUGGCCAGAAGAUUAUUCUCUUUCAGAUCAUGCCCGUCUUACUGUGGUGUUUUCACCAGUUCGAAUGCCAUGUUCUCGCAUAGGAAUGUCAAAUGUCACACUCACUUCAGAGAAUGACCCCCCUUGGGCGGAUGAACUUUCUAAAAUGGGAGCUAAUACCCUUCUUCUUCGCACCACCUACGUGGAAGCUUGA